UCUGGAUCUGAUCAUAUUCCAGCUUUGCCAGCGACAUCGUUUCUCUCUUCAUCUCUUGUCCUCUCCUCCUCCUCCUCCUCCCCUGAUAAUAGACCAUCGCUGUGCGUCACUCCUUCAGUGCUUCAUUCCCUUCAUCUCUCGCCUCAGCAUCCGUCCGGCAGCACAAUGGACAGCACGGUUUCAGCCUACUCUGAGAAGCUGAGAGAGAUGUCGGUGUUGUCUCUCAUCUGCUCUUGUUUGUAUUCCCAGCCUCAUCCCAACACCUUCGGCCAGUUUGAAGACAUGGAGGUGAAGUCCCUGAAUAAGCGAGCAUCUGGCCAGGCGUUUGAGGUCAUCAUGAAGAGUCCGACUGACCCGUCUCCUCCAGAGAGACUCCAGACGCUGGCGCUGCCGGCCCAGAAGAAGGAGCCUUCGCUGGGGGAGCUGCAGAGGAGGCUGGAGGCCGCCGAGGAGAGACGCAGGUCCCAAGAGAAGCAGGUCCUGAAGCAGUUGGCGGAGAAACGGGAGCGUGAGAAGGAGGUGCUCAACAAGGCCCAGGAGGUCAACAACAACUACAGCAAGAUAACCGAGGAGAAACUCCAACACAAAAUGGAGCUGAUCAAAGAAAACCGCAUGGCCCGUCUCAACGCCCUCAAGCAGCGUCUGAGAGAGAAGGAGAUUCAUGCUGCAGAAGUUCGUAAGAAUAAGGAACUUCACACUGAACUCUCUGGCUAAGGACACUCUUUGAGCCACGAGACAUCCAGUCAUGACGGCACUUGGAGGAAAUGUCGUUAUUUGGCCACACUGUCUUAAGAGGUCAAAUCAGACUCACAUUAUCAGUUUUCCUUAUCAAUACAUGUCUGAGCAUAUAACAGCAUCCCACAUACACCACGUGGACACAAGUAUGUGAGCACCCAAACUUCAUACGUGCUUGUUGAAUGUUUCAUUUAUGAACCCUGGGCAUUAAUUGAGUUCAUCCCAAAGAUAAUCAGUCAAGUUGUUCCACAUAUUGUGUAUUUUUCUAACACGUGUAUAUCUCUAUCCCUAAACCCAAACUUUACUAAAAAAUGAUGGAAAUUAUAAGCUGAUGAGAAUGUUGUUGAGACAAACCCUAAACAAAUCAUUUGACCUAUUCCUAAAAUCUGAUUGGAGUCUGAAAUUAUUAGACUAGCCA